CUCCCAGCUCUCUAUUUCUCCUUCGUUUCCUCUCUCCUCUUCCUCUUCCUCUCAGGUUUUUUGUUGGGGGUCAGAUGAGAGAUGGGAUGUGGAAAUUCUUCACCAGCCAACACCAACAACGUCAAUGACGGCAGCAGCAGCAGCAGCAACAGCGGUGGAGGAGAAGGCACUGCAGGUCCUGCUGAGUCGUCUUCAAAAGGAUCAGAAGAGUCCGUUCCAGAAGACGACAAAUGGAAGAACUAUGGUGGUGUGUACGUCGGCUUUCCUUCAGACAUGAGCAACAUCCCUCAAAUUCAGAUAGGAUCGCUCAGAGAGAAUGAGAGAGACGCGGCAUCCCUCAGGAGGCCUCUGUGGGGGAACGGACUCUAAUUUUAAUGAAGAGCCAGGUGCUUCAGAAGCAUGGUUAUGACAAGAGGGAGUUUUUGGAAUGUGGAGAAGAAGAAAAACCCUCAUCAGGCUUGCUGCAUCGCCAUCAGGACCCCCACCAGGUCUCACAUAAGGACCAGCAGCACCUAACGAUGGCCCUCAGCGAGGACUUUAAUGCGACUGCAGAGUUAGAUGAUCUUGAUCUAGACUUUCAUGGAAGCAGAUGUCGACGUGGACUCUUGGCCUCAGAACACAGGGAUGGUUUGCUUUGUAAAAGGUGAAGACUUUGCUGGAUGCCCUUCAAGAUUUGUGUUGGGAAGGUUCUCAAGCCUGACCUCUCAGAUGGACUGUCCGAACGAGAUGAACGAGGCCCAUGCUGGGGUUUGGUGGUGUUUAUUUACAGGGACAGAGAAAGACUUUUGUGAAUGGGGUGGCCAAACUUGGUCAAAAGGACACAGAACAGCAUUUAUUUACCAUCGCUAUCUCUUCAACAUGUUAUGGUUCCUUGAGAUUCGAUCCCAGAGGUUCUAUGUUCAUCUAUGAUGUUGUGAAGUUAAUGUAGUGGAAUUAAAGCUCCAGUGGGGAGUUUUUUUGUCAGCUAUUAAACGGAAUAAAAUGUAUGCAGUUAUUUCUUUAAGAGCUGCUAAAGCAAA